AUGUCCAUCGCUUCCAAGAACCUCUACGAGUUGCUGGGCAACGACCCAGAGCUCGACCCCGAGCGCGCUACUCCCCAGCCGCCGGUCAAGACUGUCGAAAAGCCCGCCGCGAGAACAGGCAAGCGCAAUGCUCCCGCCGAAGCUCCUGCCCGGUCCGGUGCCGCCACUACCUCCACUACUUCCCGCCCUGCCAAGGACUCUGGCAACGCCAACGACAACUACCUCCGGGAUCGCAACGUAGGUGCGGAUAAGAACCGUAGCCGAGGUGCACGAUUCGACAACGAGGGUGGUGACUCUUCUCGCGGAGAAGGCCGCGGACGUGGACGUGGUGGACGCGGAGGCCGCGGUGGCCGUGGUGGUGCUAGGGGCGACCGUGCCAGCCGAACCGGCGUUGCCGACCACGACAAGCAAGUUGCUCACGGAUGGGGAGGCGCCGAUGGCCCCGCCGAGCUGGCCGACGAGACCGCUGGUGAGGCUAUCGCCCAGAAGGACGAGAAGGAGGCCGUUGCUGAAGACGCCGCCGCCGAUGCCGACCCCGCUGUUGAGGAGCCUGAGGACAAGACCAAGUCCUACGAGCAGUACCUUGCUGAGCUCGCCCAGAAGAAGCUUGACCUUGGCAACCAGAACGUGCGCAAGGCCAACGAGGGCAGCUCCGCCAAGUUCCCCGAGGGCAAGGCUGUUGCCCGCGACGACGAUGAGGACUUCAUUGCCGGAACUGGUGGCAAGAAACAGCGCACUCGUGAGCGCAAGGAGAAGGCUUUCGUCGAGCUUGACGGAGACCGCCUCCUCCAGCCUGCCCCCCGCGAAAACUUCGGUGGACGCGGCCGUGGCGGUCGUGGCCGCGGCGAGGGCCGUGGUGGUCGUGGCGGCGAGUUCCGUGGCCGUGGUCGCGGCGAAGGUCGUGGCGAGGGCCGUGGCGGACGCGGACCCCGUGGUGGUGCCCAGUCUGGCCCCAACCUCAAGGAUAACAACGCUUUCCCCAGCCUGGGUGCAUAG